AUGGCCACAUACAGCGAGACACCCUCUAAGGUCGGAGUCAUCUCCAUCGGCGACAUGGGCGUCGGCAUCGCCAAGCUCCUAAUCGCUAAAGGCUUCCAGGUCGCAACCAACGUCAAAGGCCGCAGCGAAGACACCAUCCAACGCGCCCGCGACGCCAAAGUAGAACUCUUGGACUCAGACAUAGACCUCGCAUCUCAGUGCGCCGUGAUCCUCUCCGUCGUCCCUCCCCGGGACGCCGAGGCGACGGCGGACCGCAUCAUCGACGCCCUGGCCGGCGCCUCGGGCCGAGCGCCCCUCUACUUCAUCGACAUGAACGCCGUCGCGCCCUCGACGUGCAAGUCCAUUGCGUCGUCCUUCACCCGCGCCCGCGCUCCCGCACUCUUCAUCGACGCCUGCAUCAUUGGCGCCCCGCCCCGCCCGAAAUCCGCCCCCAACGCCGGCACCAACGUCUCCUCUUCGUCGGCCCCACAGGGCAACGACAGCGACGACGGCUGGUACGUCCCGGGGAUGCCAAUGUCCGGCCCAAACAAGCUGGCCGACCUAUCUCUUCCAGGAACAGCCGGCCAGGAGACGGAGACCUUUGGCGCCCGCCUCAGCGCCGUCCUCGGCGGGAACCACAUUUCCCCCGACAUCGGCGCCGCGAGCGGCCUCAAGAUGUGCUUCGCCUCCAUGUCAAAGGGCUUCACUGCCAUCGCCACGCAGGCGUUCACGAGUGCCCACAGGAUGGGCGUCCUGGACCACCUGCGUGGCGAGCUGUCGGCGCGCCUGCCGAGUCACCUCGAUUUCGCCGAGAAGGGCGUCGUGACGAUGCCGCCCAAGGCAUAUCGGUGGGUCCGCGAGAUGGAGGAGAUCAGCAAGACGCACGCCGAGGAGGGUGGCUUCGGACCGGAGCUGUUUGUGGGUGCGGCGGGGGUAUACAGGGCCGUGGCAGAGGACUCUCCGCUUGGGGCGGAGAAGAUUGGCAAGAGGAAGAGGGGCACGACGGUGGAGGACGUGGCGGCGGCAAUGACUGAGGGGUUUGAGAGGAAGAAGAAGAAGACGGACUAA